AUCAGAAUGCUCAGAACCAGAACAUGCGCAUUACAGUAUUAACCUAAAAAUUGAGUUUUGUUUAUUUUGGUCUUUGUUUGGAGUAGUAACGCUAACGCUACGAUUUCAUUAUGAAUGAAUUAUUGAUUCAAUUAGUGGAAAAGUGCCCACACAUUUACAAUAAAACGUUGAAGGAAUACAAAGAUGAUAAAAUGAAAGAUAAUAGUUGGCUAUCAAUAGCAGAGUUUCUCGAUUCGGAACCAGCCAUAGUGAAAAAGAGGUGGGACAACCUGAGAGACAGGUUUGUUCGAGCCCAUACUUUGAAAUAAUGAUGUGGUUAAUACCAUUCAUCAGGAAGAGAAAGCUGAUAUCCUCGACUGCCCCAGAAAGUGCUUCAAAAGUGCCAUACAUUGAGGAGGUUGAGUCUGAACCAUUACUAGAUGAUUAUGUUGUGGGAUCAGAUGGUGUAUUGUCACCUGAGCCUACCCAGUCUAGACCUACCAGCUCACAUUCAUCCAGACCUGAUAGUGCAUGUGGACACAAAAACAGCAUGCAGGAGUCAAUGGCCACAGCUUUACAAAAUUUUUCAAAAAUAUGUGAGAAAAGAUUUGGUGAAAAUACUGAAAACAGUGACACACAUUUUAUGAAGUCCAUUCUCGAUGACAUGCAACAUCUGCCACUGAAGAAAAAAAAUUAAAUUUAAAAAAGAAGUCAUGGAGUUAGUAGUUAAAUAUAUUGAGAAUGAAGAUGUCUGAAAUAUUUUAUGUCAUUCUUUUAAUGUGUA